CGCGCACACUCACAUACAAACACACGCGCGCGCGCGCGCGGGGAGACGAACAUUGCAGCGACCAGCAGCCAGAAAGAGGACUCGCCGACCUAGGCGAACUCCACCGCGCCGCGGAUUUGCGCUUCAACUUCAACCGGAACGCGUCCCACACGGACACCCGCAACACAGAAACAACCCGCGCGAGUCGUUACAAGCCAAAUAAAAUGUCGUCGGCCAAGGACAGCGGGCAUUACGCCAACUAUGUGGGACCGUACCGCUUGGAGAAGACGCUGGGGAAAGGACAGACAGGUCUGGUGAAGCUGGGGAUCCACUGUGUGACGUGUCAGAAGGUUGCCAUAAAGAUCGUCAACAGAGAAAAGCUCAGCGAGUCUGUUCUUAUGAAGCGAACACAGCUGGAAACAUCACAGCUAAUUCGGCUCAACGGAGAGGAUGAGUCGGGGAUAAUUGAGGUGAGCGGUGAACGCCCAGACGGGAUUCAGAAGAGAUCACACGGCGCUGGGGAGAAUAAAAGCAGUCGCAGGUGUGUUGCCUUCAUUAACGAGGUUUCAGCUAACAUCACGAGGCUUCGCCGCUGCACCUUUGAGUCAUUUUGGGCACCACCUAAGGUCAAGGGCAUGAAAGGAGAUGAAGAGGAGGAGCCGCGGCCUCUAAAGCUACAGCUGCUGAGGAAGGAGCCUGAAGGAGGCAUCGCAGGGGGCAACUGGACUCCCCAGUCCUGCUGGAGAUACCCCCCAGUCCUUUCCUCCAUAACCUCCUGUCUCUGGCUCUUCCCCAGGUCUCCGCACUACGCCUGCCCCGAGGUCAUCAGGGGGGAGAAGUACGACGGGAGGAAGGCCGACGCGUGGAGCUGUGGAGUCAUCCUGUUUGCACUGCUAGUGGGCGCGCUGCCUUUCGACGACGACAACCUGAGGAAUCUUCUGGAGAAGGUGAAGCUGGGAGUUUUCCACAUGCCUCACUUCAUCCCUCCCGAUUGUCAGAACCUUCUGCGCGGUAUGAUUGAAGUGGACGCCGGCAAGAGGCUCACGUUAGAGCAGAUCCAGAAGCACACGUGGUACCUAGCUGGGAAGAACGAGCCGGAGCCCGAGCAGCCCGUCCCUAGGAAGGUGGCCAUCCGGACCAUGGCCGCCACCGAGGAGAUCGACCCCGACGUCCUGGAGAGCAUGCACUCUCUGGGCUGCUUCAGGGACAAGGAGAAGCUGACCAAAGACCUGCUGUCUGAGGAAGAAAACCAGGAAAAGAUGAUCUACUUCCUGCUGCUGGACCGCAAGGAGAGGUAUCCGAGCCAAGAGGACCAGAACCUGCCGCCACGCACCGAGAUCGGUAGGCCAGUCCAUCUGACCCCCACCACACACACACAGGGAGUUACAACAGCUUCCACACUGUUGAUGCAUGGGGCAGCCAUGGUGGAUUUGGGGCUUGGGCAUGACCCGGGAAUGUGGCUCUUCUCCUGGUUCCUGGGUCUGUGCACGCUCUGGGGUUUAUGUGUUGUUGCAUGCUCAACAUUAGGAUUCCCUUUAUGUGACUACCUCUCUGUGUGUCUCUUGGUUUUGUCUCUGCCCCCCCCCCCCCUCCCCCCCCCUUUUAGCAAAUCUGUUUUCAGUAAGAGCUUGGAUAUCACAAACGCUAACUGCAGCAAGGAGGAAAGAUCGCGGUCCAUCAGCGGAGCGUCCUCCGGUCUGUCCUCCAGCCCUCUCAGCAGUCCCAGGCCCACCCGGCGGUUUUUCAUCCCACCACAGUCCCCAGACCUGUGUCAGUCCCCCAACUGCAGCCCCACCCGCUCCCCCGAGGUCCGCCUCAACGGGGUGGGGCCCCGCACGCCCAACUCCUACCAGCCAAAGAUGGGGUCUCCCCUCAUGCACCCCCGCACACAGACCCUCCCCGCCAAGCCCAAAGUGUCUGAGAAGCCCCUACAGACCACCAGAUCCAACCCCCUCCCCAACACCGCCCAGACCCCCUCCACGCCCAAAUCUGAGCCGUCCACGCCGUGCCAGCCUCUGGCUCCCUUGUUAAAUGGGGAUAUUUUCUUUCCCACCCAGGAAGACAUGUCCAGUCUGACUCCAGACUCGUCUCCCGAACUGGCUAAGAAGUCGUGGUUCGGGAACUUCAUCAACCUUGAGAAAGAGGAGCAGAUCUUCAUCGUGAUCAGAGACAAACCUCUCAGCUCCAUCAAGGCAGACAUCGUCCACGCCUUCCUCUCCAUCCCCAGUCUGAGCCACAGCGUCAUCUCCCAGACCAGUUUCCGGGCGGAGUACAAGUCCACAGCCGGUCCGACAGUUUUCCAGAAGCCCGUGAAGUUCCAGGUGGACAUCACCUACACGGAGAGCACCAGCGCCACCAAGGACAACGGGAUCUACUCCGUCACCUUCACGCUGCUCUCAGGUAAGCACCACCCGUUAGACCACAGAGCAGCAGGUGUCGCUUUGUUCAUUUGA